AUGAAUGACAAUGUCAGCACUGUGCUUGUUGGUCUCUUCUACACGAAGGACAAGAAGUGGGGAGUGACUGUCAACGGAAACUCUCGGGAGUUGUCAGAUAAAGAUGGUACGUGGCAGCCUGGCACAACGUAUCAAGUGGUACUGAAAAGGGAUGUGAAUGAGUUUUAUGUGUACGUUGACAAUAAUGAGCUUAUUCAGGAGGAAAUUUCGCCCUUUGAGUACACCUCAUACGAUGUCUUGGACUUCUACGUUGGCGGCGACGGUGCGAAGGGGACAGGCGAGGUUGACGUGACGGUGGGCAGUGUCCUGCUGUACAACUACGGACUUUAUGGUGAUGAGCUCACGAGCCUCAGUACCAGCAAAGUCUCACUUCCAACACCGGCUGCUGAGGGGCCACUCACAACGCUGGGGAAUGAUGGGGAGAUUACCUCCAAGCUCAAACCUGGAGAAAAGAGGGUUGAUGACGGUUUGAAUCCUAAAGGACCUCUACCAGAGGAGGCCCAUAAAGGCAAUCACAGUGCUGCUGAGGAGUUGGGGUCUUCGUUGGUUUCGUCAUCGCCAAAGGUGCGCCUGGCUGACGGUGGAUCCGAAAACACCAGCGCAAUUCUUGCGAAGGACGCAUCCAACACUUCUCUUUCUGGUGACAGGUCCGUUGAUUUCGAGAACCUUACACGUGUGAGGCCCGAUUCAGGAAGGAGUGACGGCACAGUGCAUGGGUGUGUGUCUCGGCUGCUUCUGCUUCUAUUGGGGCUAUGGGGCUUUGCGGCCCUGUGCUGA